AUGGAGGCACUGCUGGGGCUGCUGGUACUGCUGGGCCUGGCGGGGUGCCCUGCUGCCCUCAGGGACCUUUCACCAGGGGGGCUGCGUGUCACUGCUACAUGGGUGACGAUGCCGCGGCAGCUGAGCCCCCGGGCCGCUACCAGCGCCCCGGCCGUCUCCUACUGGCUGGAGCUGGCGGGGCAGCCGCGGGUGCUGAGCCUGCGGCCCAGGCGGGGCCUGGUCUCCCGCCCCAUCACCUUGGUCACUUAUGGCCAGGACGGGGCCCGCUGGGAGGAGCACCCCUUCGUGCAGGACGACUGCUUCUACCAGGGCGAGGUGCGGGGAAGCCCCGGCUCCCUAGUGGCCCUCAGCACCUGCGGCAGGGGCCUCCAUGGCGUUCUCUGGGUGGAGGGUGGCACCUACGAGAUCGAGCCCAUCCCCGAUGAUCCGUUGUACCGGCACCUCCUGCACCGCAUGGAGGCGGCCUGCAGCCCCGUGGGCCCCACCUGUGGGCCGAACUUGGUGGGGAUGCAGCACCAAAAGGCUUCGCUGCCCUGGUUCAAGGCCCCCGAGGUGGAGGAGGAGGAGACGCUGGAGGACUGGUGGACACACAUCAGGUAUGUGAAGAUAGCAGUGGUCGUGGACUACGUGCGGUUUGUGAAGUCAGGCAGGAAGGAAUCUGAAGUCUUGAGGCAAGUCCUAGAAAUCAUCAACAUUGGGGACUCACUGUAUAAACAGCUUUCUGUUCAGCUGUUUCUUGUCGGAUUGGAGAUCUGGACCAAAACCAACUUUAUAAACAUUACUGACUCUGCCCCGAAGACACUUAGUGAUUUUAACAAAUGGCGAAGGUCAGACCUGUCUCCACGAAUGCCCCAUGAUACCGCUCACUUAUUUGCCUUUCAGAGGUUUGGAAAGAACCUGGGGCUGGCUUAUGUAGGGUCCAUAUGUGAUAAUCAGUGGUCAUCAGCAAUUUCUUCCUUCACUGAUAGGAAAUUGUCCUUGCUUGUUAACACAUUUGUUCAUGAGCUGGGCCAUAUUCUUGGGAUGCAGCAUGACGAAAAGAACUGUAAAUGCAGACGAGAGAAAUGCAUUAUGUAUGAAAGCAGUGCCGACACUGAUGCAUUCAGUGACUGCAGUUACAAAGACUACUUUAACCAGCUUGCGCGUGAUUCCAACUGCAUUCGUCAGCCACCAGCACCUGGCACUUACUACACCAUGAAGCGUGAAUACUGUGGGAAUAGGAUAGUAGAAAGUGGAGAGCAAUGUGACUGUGGUUCAGAGUCAGACUGCAGAAAGGAUCCUUGUUGUCACCCAAACUGUAUGUUUACUAAAGGUUCAGUCUGUGCUUCUGGAAAAUGCUGUAAGAGCUGUCAGGUCCUUCCAGCAGGAACACUUUGCAGAGCUAGUACUGGUGACUGUGACCUGCCAGAGUAUUGCAAUGGGACUUCCCCUCAGUGCCUGCCAGAUGUAUACGUACAAGAUGGAACCCCUUGCAAAGGUGGUUCUUACUGCUAUCGAGGAAAAUGCUCUUCCCACAGCAAGCAGUGCCAAGAUCUCUUUGGCAAACAAGCCAGGCCUGCUCCUUUAGACUGCUUCAAAGCAGUGAAUACUCAGGGUGACCGGUUUGGGAAUUGUGGUAUUCGUAACAAUAUCCAUUUCACAAAAUGCAGCAUUGAGAACAUCUUAUGUGGCAGGAUCCAGUGUGAAAACAUACACAAGUUACCUGUCUUGCGGAACCAUGUAACGCUAGUCCAAACCCCUGUUGGAGAUAAAAAGUGUUGGGGUUUUGACUAUCAUGUAGGGAUGCCAAUAGCUGACAUGGGAGCUGUGGAAGAUGGCACACCAUGUGGUAGGGAUAUGCUUUGUAUCAAUAGGACGUGUACCAGUGUAUCACUGCUGAACUACGACUGUAAUGUGACAAAGUGUCAUGGCAGAGGAGUGUGUAACAACCGUAAGAACUGUCAUUGCUGGUAUGGAUGGGAUCCUCCAUAUUGUGAACAGGAAGGAUUUGGAGGUAGCAUUGACAGUGGACCUCCUCCACCCAGGGAGAUUUUUCAGACAGAAAAAAUAGUAAAAAUACUACUGAGUCUUGUUUUCCCCUUUAUCCUUUGUGUAACCCUUAUCAUAUGUUACAAACAAGAAAUAGUGGGAUGGUUUAGGAAGAAAAAGGUCCAAAUCCACCUAAGGUAG